AUGGAUAUGUGGGAGGUCCUAGAUGAAAAUUCAGGUCGUAAAUUCUACAUUAAUACCACCACGAAGGAGAAGACAUGGAAACCACCGAGGCGUUUUCAGGAAACGGAAGACCUAAAGGAACAUUCCUCAGAUGGACCAAAAUCAAACGUGCAGCGAACCUCCUCAAACGAAUGUUUGCCCCAGUCCCAGUUCACUCCUGUCCCUGUGCAGCGGAGAGUGAAGAGCGUAGCUGCUAACUGUGACCGUCUCAUCCAGACAAAGUCAAUGAUCCUUACAGACGUGAGCCAGCUCAAAACUAUGCAGGUAUCCCGUCACAGAAGAAACCACUCUCAACACAACCUGGCUGAGAUCACGGGGAUGGUAGACAAGUCUUGUUUACAACCCCUGGAGAAAAGUGGAUUCCUUAAUAAAACAAAGAUAACUGAGGGAGGCAAAAAGCUGAGGAAAAACUGGACAAGUUCCUGGGUUUGUCUUGAGGAAAACAAGCUGGAAUUCUACAAGGAGCGAAAACAACAAACUUUAGCCAGUUUGAAAAUGUCCCAUAAACCAGAGAGUGUGGAACUGCAUGGUGCUCAGAUUGAAUGGGCCAAAGACAAAUCCAGCAGAAAGAACGUGCUUCAGCUCACAACUAUCUCAGGGAAUGAAUUUCUCCUCCACUGCGAAAAUGACAAUAUACACGAGUGGUAUGAGGCCAUCAAACACAUGAUUGACAAACUGGCAAAGCAGGGAGGCGGACAACCAAUAGACCGCAUCUGUAAGAGCUCCAGCAGUGAGGACCUCUCCAAAUGUGCGAGAGAGAACAGUAGCAAGUCAAAUCCAAAAGAACAAAAAUCUGAGCACAGGAAAUCACUAAUUCUACGCUUGAACCACAGUUCAUCAGACACUUCUGAGAAGAAAAGAGUUAAGAGCAGGCUAAAGAAAUUUAUAUCAAGACGACCCUCACUGAAAACUUUGCAAGAAAAGGGGCUGAUUAAAGAACAAGUUUUCGGCUGCCACUUGGAGACUCUGUGCAAACGGGAGGAAACCACGAUUCCACAAUUUGUGAAGAUUUGCAUUGAAGCUGUGGAAAAGAGAGGUUUGGAUGCUCAUGGCAUUUACAGAGUGAGCGGCAAUCUGGCUACGAUACAGAAACUGCGAUUUGUGGUGAAUCAGGAAGAGAAACUGAAUUUGGAUGACAGCCAGUGGGAGGACAUUCAUGUCGUCACCGGAGCACUAAAGAUGUUUUUCAGAGAGCUGCCUGAGCCACUUUUUCCAUACAGCUUUUUUGAUCAAUUUGUAGACGCCAUAAAAAUCCAGGAUUACAGUCAGCGUAUUCAGUUGGUGAAGAGACUGGUGGCGAAACUUCCUCAAGCUAAUCAUGACACCAUGAAGGUUCUCUUUAAACACCUACAAAAGAUCAUAGCGAAAGCAUCAGUGAACUUGAUGUCAUCCCAGAGUCUGGGCAUCGUGUUUGGACCAACCCUUCUGAGGUCUGAACAAGAGACCGGAAACAUGGCAGUGUACAUGAUGUACCAAAACCAGAUCGUGGAGCUGUUACUUGUGAAGUUCGCAGAGAUCUUCAACCCUUAGGGGAAGUGACGAUGCUCUUCUUUAUUGGGGCAUUUGUGUUCUCAAUUGACUUGGGUGUUGCAAAUAUUUUGAUAUGGCUGUAGUCCUGCUGUUUGCACAGGAUCAUUACCAUUGCCUUUGUUUACUUCUCAUAUUCUCCCUCACUGGGUUUUAAUCCGUAUGAACCUAUAUAGAUGAUGUUUGCCCGAGGGUAGGUUAUUAUCACUCAGUUUUAUAAUCACUGAUUUCAGGCUACAAUGCUCCAGACUUUCCCAACUAACCCUAAAUUACAAAACCAAAUUGGCCUGCACUGCCAUUAAGAUUUAGCAAGCUAACAUUUUUUUCCUUGUGCCUUUAUAGCUUGUGAAUUGUUGGUCAACCACCCAGUUGAGCUGAGGAUAAUCUUAGGUUCCUGCCAGACUGUGGUUACACACACUUGGUUCACUAACAGAUCCAAAGUUAACUAAUCAACACAAACUGUAUCUUAAGGUGUAAUGAUAGUUUUUUUUGAAUGAAAAAUUCCCCAAAGAAAUAUUACAAGAAAUGUUUCAAAUACAUUUUUCAGUUGCAAAUCUUCCUCAUAUUCACUUGAAGUAAAACAUUGAUUUCCUUUGGGAAAGUUGUUAGAACGAAGAAAUAAGAACUUGCAUUUUUAUAUCACCUUAUCAGGUCAAUAUUUCAAAGCAGUUCAAGUUAAAUGCAGCAGUGUCAAGCAGUGAGUUGGUUUUGAAAAUAAUAACAGCUUCUAUUGGAACUAUCAAUAUCAAGGUCUCCCAAACAGUUUAUCUUUUGCCAGCCAGGAUCACCAUUAUUUAAGAGUAUCCCACCCAAACUAUUCAAAGCCUACAAUUAAAUGGAAAUUUCGCUUUGUUUGUAACAGAGUGUGUACUCUCUCCCGGAUAGAAAAACUCUGCUUACUUAAUCCCAACACCAAUAACAAAUUACAAUCAUAUAAGCGCCCAGAUGCAGGAUAGCAUCUUAGAGCACGGUACAGUGGUGGGAUUGGGUUAACAAUUUUUUUUUUAAAAAUCCCAGAAAGGUAAGCAAGAAUUUCCUGAUGUAGAUCAAUGGAAUGUGGUAGUAACUCCAAAGGAAUAGGUAAAUAAAUUAUCUCAAAUUUGACCCCAAGUUUACAUAAAGCAAACAUGCAUCUUAAUCAAAUUUAUCCGAUAUUGACAGAAAUCAUCACAUCUACAGAAUUCCUGGAACUGUACAAAAACAAAAUUAUAUAUUAUUCAGAUAUUCAGUAUCUCUGAAUUGGACUCAGAUACAAAUUCCUGGUGCAAAUGGCAUUGUAAAAUACGCUUAGUUUCCAGCAGUCAACUGAUUUAACUGUGAUGAGAGACUCGGUAUAAGUUGGUCAUAUUCCCAGCAGCUAAAGGAGAUAAAGGAAUGAUCGUUAAAAUAAUUAAGAGAAUUGACAAGGUAGAUGCAAGUAAUGGCUUUUCUUUUCUGUUAGGGGAAUCCAGAACAGUGGGACACAAUCUUAUAGUUAAAGCUCAAAUGGUUAAAAGUUAAUCAAAAACACAUUUCCUCACGCAAAAUGUGCAGUGCACAGUCCCAGAGGGCUAUAAAUGCAGAAUCAACCAAAGUACUUAAUAGGGAGAAAGAUAGAUGAAUACUUGGGAAGUAAGGGUAUUACAUAUAGGGAGAAAAGAUGGGGGAAUGAGAUUAAAAAUAUAAAGAGCACCUAUAAAAUUCUGAAAUAGCAGAGCAGGCUCGAUCGGCCAAAUGGCUUGCAUUUGUUUCAAACGUUUUGUGAAACGUCACGGCUUUUGUGAGCAUUGAAGGGCCUGAAAAUGAUGUAAAAAUACCAUUUACACUGCAGGGUGGACCGGAAAAAAUAGGAUAUCUACGUUGUAUAUCAUCUUGUCUAUUAACCUGGCAACAUUUCACAGAGAUCCUUCCAAAAAGCACCAUGAUUUCUUUUCAAACAUGUGGUAGCCAAAAUGCAGUCUGCAACAAAGCAGAUGUGUCUAUGGGCCACUUUAAUGCAGUUGUUUUCAUAUUCGUUUGUGUGGUUGAUAUGAGCACAAUAGAGGCAAAGGGUUAAAGAGAUUCCAAAUCUACUCCUGAUUGCUGCUUCAGCCUAGAGUUUGUGUACGGUGCAGUCCAAAUGUCUACGGGGAAUGUUUUGUUUUUGAUUAAUUUCUAUGAAAACUGGUUUCAUAAGGGGGAGUUAUGAAGGAGUUGGUUUGAUUAACAGGACUAGAUUGGGCCUUGUGUGGUCUAAUCCUGUCUUAAUCUUGCCAUAUGAGGGUAAGUCUUUUAACAUACAAUUUUGUAUCCUGGAAUACCAAAAAAAUGCCUUACCUGUUAUACCUGGUCUUGGGCUACAUGUAACUAUCAUAAAUAAAUAAUACCUUGUGUCUUCA